AUGAAACAAGCAAAAACAUUUGUUCAUGAAGUAAAACAAAAUAUUCCUCAUUUCAAAAUUAUACAUAUACUUAAUGCUGAUCAAAGUUCAUUUAAUUAUGAGGAAUUUUCAACUCGUACUCUUUCAACCUCAGAUGAAAGAUCAACUGUAGAUCGUAUUACCUCAUCAAAAGCUUUUACACAUUCGCGCACAAUAAUGCCAAUUAUAAACAUUGCUGGCAACGUUGUUGGACUUGUUUUUAUUUGUUCACAAGAACCGUUAGGACGAUUGGGUCCGCGAGUUGUACAGUCUAUGCAUAAAGCACGAAAUAUUCAUGUUACAUGUAGUAAAUCUGGAAAUUGA